CGUAGAUGCAACAAGAAUCCUCAUCUGUAGCAGAAAAUGCUGAAAUUGACUACAAAAUUAGUUUGACUAUCAAGUUUCUUUCAUGGUUGCGAACAAAAAUUUUAGAAUGCAGCAGUGAGAAACUCCAAAGAGAGACAAGAGCAGGAAAUUUUAAGUUCCAUCCCAGAUUUCCUUGCCCAUGAUAUUCUGUCAUGGCUUUAAGAACAUGUUCCAUCAAACUUCAUGACAAGGGAAGUACUUCCUCCUGUUCCCUUGAGAAAGUAUCAAAUGGAGCGAAGACGAAAGAGCGAUUAGAGAGAGAGAGAAAUGGCUAUUUUGUCUCCACUCCAUUGUAAGGAACUCCCUCUAGUCUCUUCUCCUGAUGUUGAUUUCUGUAGGCAAAAGAGCCCUACAACAGAACCAAUCCAUUUCCUACUUACUUCAAUGCUGUAGUUCAAUGAAGGAAUUGAAGCAGAUCCAUGCCCAAACGAUUGUCUCCGGAUGCAUUCUGGAGGAGUAUUUCUCUUCUAGAAUUCUGUCUUUUUGUGCAAUAUCAGAACACGGUGAGCUUGAUUACGCCUAUGGCGUCUUUCACCAACUUGCACGUCCUCCAGUCUUCGCCUGGAACGCCAUCAUUCGUGGCUUCUCAAAGAGCAAGGCCCCAAUUCGAGCUAUUUCGUUGUAUACGCAGAUGUUGGUUGCCGGAGUUUCGCCGGACAAUUUCACCUUUCCUUUUGUCUUGAAGGCGUGCGCGAGACUGCUGUCUCCCCGCCUCGGCGAACCGGUCCACGUGCAUGUCACGAAGAACGGCCUUGAACUGAACAUAUUUAUUCAAAACUCUUUGAUGCACAUGUAUUCCUCUUGUGGGGAUAUAACGAGCGCCAGAAAAGUGUUCGACGAAAUGCCGCACCGAAACCUGGUGGCGUGGAACACCAUGGUGGAUGGUUAUGCGAAAUGUGGUGAUGUAGGGUGUGCGCGCCUCCUGUUUGAUCGAAUGACUGAGAGGGAUGUGGUCACCUGGAGCGCCAUGAUCGCAGGGUAUGUCCAGAGUGAGGAUUACACAGAGGCCUUGGCCAUAUUCGAAAAGAUGAAGGUGGCAGUCGUUAAAGCUAAUGAAGUCACCAUGGUCAGUGUCUUGUGCGCUUGUGCCCAUCUGGGUGCACUUGAUCAAGGAAGAAGAGUGCACGCCUACAUAGAAGAUAACCAGUUUAAAAUGACGAUCCAGUUAUCCACGGCCCUUGUUGACAUGUAUGCCAAGUGCGGCUCCAUCGAGGAGGCCAUCGAGGCAUUCCAAGCAGUUCCUCCUCGCCAAACAGACGUGCUCAUUUGGAAUGCAAUCAUCGGUGGCUUUGCAAUGCACGGAUUGAGCAAGGAAUCGCUUGAAUUGUUUGAAGAAAUGCUUCAGGCCAAAGUUCGACCAGAUGAGAUCACGUAUCUUGCUCUGUUAUCUGCUUGCGCCCAUGCAGGCUUGGUCGAGGAAGCAUGGAGGUUCUUUGAGACGCUGAAGAGACAUGGCAUGACUCCUAAGGUCGAGCAUUAUGCUUGCAUGGUGGAUAUCCUCGGUCGAGCUGGGCACGUGGAUGCGGCUUACGAGUUCAUAAACAGGCUGCCCAUUGAACCAACUGCACCAAUAUUGGGAGCUUUGUUCAAUGGGUGCAAGAUACAUGGAAGACUGGAUAUUGGUGAGCUCGUAGGGAAGCGUCUGAUUAAGUUGGAGCCUGGCCACGAUGGGCGAUACAUCGGUCUGUCAAAUAUUUAUGCUGAUGCUAAUAGAUGGAACGAUGCUAGAAAGAUGAGGGCGAUGAUGGAGGACAGGGGGGUGAAAAAAUCUCCAGGCCACAGCUGCAUCGACGUGAAUGGUAUGCUUCACAGAUUCAUUGCUCAAGACAAGACGCAUCCUCAGGCAGGAGAAAUAUAUGUAUUGCUAGAUGAUUUAUCUAACCAGAUAAAGUUGGAGGCAGAUGUGGAGGAGCAGGUUUGUAGUGUGGGUUGGUGAAAGAAAGUACAGACAGAUUGCUUGAGAUGUGGAUGGAGCUGGCCGGGGAGCGAGGCAUCCUUGGGCCCUGCCAUUUUUUGUAGAAUACAAUUGGGGAAGAUAGGCAAUUGGCAAUGAGAAGGCUGAGCGACUCACCAAGGUUCCAUGGCUGCGGCAUCAGAUGGGCAGUUGCUGGCUGCUUCCGACGUGAAUGAUGGAUUCCAGUAUGUUGCAGGCGUUGCAGUGUAGCUGCGUUAAACGUGGAUCACUGUGCCACAGUCUUGACAACAAUCUCCUUGAGUUCUUAUAUUAUAUCAUAAUAUGGAUGAAAUUCCCGGAACACGUGUUGGCAUCGCAAAAAGGGGGUUUAUCUGGUCCAACAUGGAGCAGCUAAUUGCUUCUCCUGACACAAGAAGAGGCGCUUUCCCGAAGAAAGCAUGAGACGGACUUGCAGCAAAUUGAUUUCAACAUGCAAAUAAUCUUCUCAUUGAGAGGUGAAGGGGAACCCUCUUAGCCAUUGCCUCAAUAGCAUAAUCAACAGGACUUGGAAACAAUUCGUACAGUUUCAAUAAUCAACGCCCAGCUUUCUCAAACUGUUCAGGGUUGAGCCUAUCGUUUCUUCCUAGGCACUCGUCUUCACAUGUUACUUUAUUACCUUGCAACUUGUGAGCAGUCAGACAGUGGUUGAUGAAAUGACCCGCAAUUUAUACUUGUUAAUCUCA